AUGAAUGAUGGGACGCGGGGAAUUCUGGAGAAGCCGAGGGCGUUUGGGAGAGGAUGCGGGCUUGGGGGCGUUUUAGUGUUGCGCCGGCGUGCAGCUCGCAAAGUCAUCAUCGAACAUUCACCUCCCACGUCGCGCACCAACUGCUUUCCCGCGCUCAUUCUCCCGACACCGCAGAGCGACUCUUCGCGGAGACAGGUCAAGCUAAAGCCACUUUACCUCCGGCCCACGUCGCCCACUCCUGCCAACAAUCGCGACCGGAGACGGCUGCAGCGCCUGCGGAAGAAAGAGUAUUUCCUGCGCAAGCAGAAGCCGAAACCGCUCACGGCGCGGGAGAAAAGGGCGCUGGGGGUCCAUGAUCUACCGAAAGAAGAGGUUAAAUACGAGAUCUUCAAGAAGCUAAAUAGCCUGUGGGUGGAAUAUAUGUGGGAAGUGUUGGAAUUGAAGAAAGUUGCGGAUAAGGGACCGAUGAUCACAGCCAUGGCCCAUGGAGCGAAGCUCGCGAGUGCGGAUUUUCACGGCGCAGAGCUUCAGGUUGUCAGGAGCCGCUGUGUCAGUCGUGUGGGUGUCAAGGGCAUCGUGGUCCGGGAUUCGAAGUUUGCAUUUGUGCUUGUGACAGAGAAGAAUGAGAUGAAGACCGGCCUCGUAGCCAUACCCAAGGAGCAUACCGUCUUCAGAUUCGAAAUCCCGAUCCCAGCGCUCCCGUCCACAGACAACGACCAGCCCCCAAAGCCAGACUCGCCGAAAAACCUGACCUUUGAACUCCACGGAAGCCAGUUCGAAAACCGCCCUGCGGACCGAGCAAAUAGGAAGUUCAAAUGGAAAAAUCUUGAUUAUCUAUGA